ACAGCAACACCAACCACCACCACAGCAGCACCAACCACCACAACAGCAGCUCCAACAACCACCACAGCAGUACCAACCACAACGACAGAAGCACCAACAACAACCACAGCAGUUUCAACCACAACGACAGCGGUACCAACCACAACUACAGCAGCUGCAAAGACAACUACAGCAGCUCCAACCACAACUACAGAAGCACCAACAACAACCACAGCAGUUCUAACCACAACUACAGCAGCUGCAACCACAACAGCUGCUCCAACCACAACAACAGUAGCUCCAACCACAACAACAGUAGCUCCUACGACAACAACAGCAGCACCAACCACCACCACAGCAGCUCCAACAACCACCACAGCAGCUCCAACCACAACUACAGCAGCUGCAACAACAACUACAGCAACACCAACAACAACUACAGCAGUUCCAACCACAACCACAGCAGUUCCAAGCACAACUACAGCUGCUCCAACCACAACAACAGCAGUUCCAACCACAACUACUGCAGCUGCAACAACAACUACAGCAAGACCAACAACAACCACAGCAGUUCCAACCACAACCACAGCAGCUCCAACCACAACUACAGCAGAACCAACAACCACCACAGCAGCUCCAACCACAACUACAGCAGCUGCAACAACAACUACAGCAGAACCAACAACCACCACAGCAGAUCCAACAACAACUACAGCAGCACCAACCACCACCACAGCAGCUCCGACCACAACAGUAGCUCCUACAACAACAACAGCAACAACCACCACCACAGCAGCUCCAACAACAACCACAGCAGUUCCAACCACAACUACAGCAGCUUCAACGACAACUACAGCAGCUCCAACCACACCAACCACCAGCACAGCAGCUCCAACAACCACCACAGCAGCACCAAGAACCACCACAGCUGCUCCAACCACAACGACAGAAGCACCAACAACAACCACAGCAGUUCCAACCACAACUACAGCUGCUCAAACCACAACUACAGCAGAACCAACAACCACCACAGCUGCUCCAACCACAACCACAGUAGAUCCUACGACAACUACAGCAGCUCCUACCACAACCACAGCAGUUCCAACAACCACCACAGCAGCUCCAACCACAACAGUAGCUCCUACCACAACCACAGCAGUUCCAACAACCACCACAGCAACUCCAACAACAACUACAGCAGCACCAACAACAACCACAGCAGUUCCAACCACAACUACAUCAGCUGCAACCACAACUACAGAAGCACCGACAACCACAACAGCUGCUCCAACCACAACAACAGUAGCUCCUACAACAACAACAGCAACACCAACCACAACAACAGCAGUUCCAACCACAACUACAGCAGCUGCAACAACAACUACAGCAGAACCAACAACCACCACAGCAGAUCCAACAACAACUACAGCAACACCAACCACCACUACAGCAGCUCCAACCACAACAACAGUAGCUCCUACGACAACAACAGCAACACCAACCACCACCACAGCAGCUCCAACAACCACCACAGCAGUACCAACCACAACGACAGAAGCACCAACAACAACCACAGCAGUUCCAACCACAACUACAGCAGCUGCAACGACAACUACAGGAGCUCCAACCACAACUACAGCUGCUCCAACCACAACAACAGUAGCUCCUACGACAACAACAGCAGCACCAACCACCACCACAGCAGCACCAACCACAACUACAGCAGCUGCAACCACAACUACAGCAGCACCAACAACAACCACAGUAGUUCCAACAUCCACCACAGCAGCACGAACGACCACCACAGAAGCUCCAACCACAACCACAGAAGCACCAACAACCACCACAGCUGCUCCAACCACAACAACAGCAGUUCCAACCACAACUACAGCAGCUCCAACCACAACUACAGUAGCUCCUACGACAACAACAGCUGCUCCAACCACAACAACAGCAGCUCCAACCACAACUACAGCAGCUGCAAUAACAACUACUGCAACACCAACAACCACCACAGCAGAUCCAACAACUACAGCAGCACCAACCACCACCACAGCAGUUGCA